GGUUGUAUCGUGUAGACUACGACGACAGUUGUCUAGUAAUUAUUUUAUUCGUUAAUAACAGUCGGAGUAGAUAACUUAUUAUUAACAAAAAGAACAAUGACUAUGACACAUUAAUCUAUUUAAACCAGUUACUAAACGACAUUACAAAGAAUUGACAAUAAAAACAAUGUCGGCUUCACAUUACAAUUGCGAAUACAAUAGUAAAAUAUGUUGUGUAAAUUGUGAUAACUAAAAUAUUACGAAAUGAAGUGAAUGAAUUAAACAAAGAAAUGAUAUUAUAAGUAAUUAAGUUUUUAUGUUACGUUGUUAAUUUAAUGAUCGUGAAGAUUCAUGUUAUAGCCCUGAGCCAAAAAAAUAAAAUCGUGUGUGUCAACAGAAAGAUAUAAUGUUUGAUAUCUACGGUUGCGACUAAUAAGGUACUGGCAAAAAAAUAAGGUCACUUCCAUUCGGACAAACUGGAAAAAAACUUUAACAUGAUGAAAUAUUGGAUAAAUGCAGCUUUGCUGCGGGUCGUCGUACCUGGAACAUUCACGGCCUGUGCAGUAUGGCGGCCAACAGGAUUAUCACUUAUUUAUCUGAUAAUGAUGUUGAUAUCACCUUUCAUCCCAGUUCCAACAUCAACAACGAUGAAGAAAUCAACUGGACACUAUUUAAAAUCUUGUAUAGCUUUAACUCUCAUCACAGGAUGCAUUCAAUUUGCAUUUCAAAUUAUUUUACUUAGUGUGUCUUCGAUAUGGGAAAAGUUUACAGAGAAUUGCAGUUUAUUAGAAGAAAUAUUUAGGCAUAUUGGUCUAGUGCGAAUGGACCAUGCGUCAGUAUUUGAAAUAUUUUUCUGGUUGAUACCUGAAAUAGCAGCACUUCCAGUGAUGAUUAUUGUGUAUAUUCUCUGUCGUCGAUUUACAUCAGAAGAGAAAAAAGAUCUUGAGAAUACACCACUAGAAACACGUCUUCAGCCAAUAAUUAAAAAACCAGAUGAUAAGAAUAUCAAGAUAAUUAAUUUCUUGGGAAGAAUCGGAACUUAUGUUGUUUUAGCAUCUUUAUGCUAUGCAGCAGCAAUGACUCCUUCUGUCGAGGGAGGUUUUUAUUUCCUGAUGUUCUUGGGUGCAGCUACCUGGUGGGCAUGUAAUCGAGAAUUGUCUCGAGGUUUUGCAGUUGUCUGCAGAAUAUUGAUGGCCGUUGUUGUUGUUCAUAUUAUUGUCUUGUUAUCUUAUCAAAAUCAAUGGCCUCAAGAAUUUAUUCCAGUUAAGGGUAAUUGGUCAAGAUAUUUUGGUCUUGAUGCGUACUACAUCACCAACUGUUCCGAUCCAAGGCAUACUCAAUUUAAUCCUGAUGACAAGGAGUGGACUCAAAAUGGUUAUGCUUAUUCAUUGAGGCUUUUUUGGUUAUAUUAUGUUCUUGCACUUCAGUCACAAUUUCUCUUUAAAAAACCGAAACCAUCUGCUGCUUCCAAGCCUCAGCCGGAUGAAAGAACACCUUUGAUGCGUUUUGGGUCGGGACGUACGGGACUUCUUCAAGAUUCUACAGGAAGUGUUAUCGUUCAGGAUGGUCAUAAUGAUGAUAAUAUACAAAUGCAAUCAAUAACUGAAGAUGCUCCAGAAGAUCGUAUGGGACCAAUUGAACAUGUUAUCAUGGCAGUUUAUUCUAUUUUUCAAUUAUUUGCUCAUUCAUCAUACUUGGGAACAAACAUAAUUAUGAUGACUUGGAGUAUUAUGUAUCAUAGCUGGACAACCUUUGUCUUCUUACUUUGGGCUUUAAUUCUUUGGAUGGCACCGAAUAAACGAGCUAUAAUGAUGAAGUGUUCUCCAUUCAUUGUAUUCUAUGGAACUGUAUUGCUUCUUGUUGGCUACGUUUACAGUAUGAAUUUAACUCCGGAAGAAUUACCAGACGUAAUUUCUGGAGUGGAAAUGUCAGAAAUAGGUUUUCCAAAAGCUGAUACACUCAACAGUUGGCAUCUUGUCGUUAAAAGUGGAUUUAUGACAAUGUUUUGGAUAACGAUGCGGCAAUACAUGGCUGAAAGAUUACAAGCACAUCAAACGUCAACUCUCAGAGACAUGGUAGCACCUCUUCAUGUAUCCAUGUCAACUGCUAUACACCAUGAUACUCCAGAAAUCAAAAGCCAAUUCAUGAAAGAUGUUGGAAUAGUUGUUAAAAAGCUUCUAACUAAAUUUUGGAUUGUCGUAGUUGCUAUAAUGCUUUUUACAAGUGGAAUUACUGGAGAGAGGAUGACUGUCUUCCGCAUUAUUUAUAUGAUGCUUUUCCUCUUUUUCCUUAUUUCUUUUCAACUCUCUUGGUCUGCUUGGCGAAAGAUGAUGUACGGUUUCUGGAUCGCCGUCAUCGUUUAUUCUGUAGUUAUGUUAAUUCUUGUAUAUACAUACCAGUUUAAAAAUUUCCUGGAAUAUUGGAAAUAUCUUCAUAUCAAUGAACGUUUGCAAAAAGAUAUUGGCCUUGAAAGAUAUGCUACAAAAGAUUUAUUCGUACGUCUUUUGACGCCAACUUUCUUUGUCAUCAUUACAGUACUUCAAAUUCAUUAUUUUCAUGAUGACUUUUUGGAAUUGACUAAUAUUGAAAACGUCAAUGUAUCUGUAGAAUCUAAACGUGAGAGUUUAACACCACCAAUAGCAACUACUUCGACAGUUGAUGUACUGUUAAAUUCAGGAGAAGAACCAUCAACAAUUUUUAGUCUUAGACAACUUAAACAUAUGUCAAAACUAGAAAGAGCUGCAUUCUUUCGAAAAACUGUCCAACAAUUGAAAGAUUUUUACAGUUACUUUUGGCUAAUUCUCGAAAUUCACAUGCAGAAAAUAAUAUUUACCUCAUUAAUGCUACUUUGUUUGAACGAUGUUUGUGCUAUAAACUUUAUUUUCGUGAUAACUAUUGCUGUAACAAUGAAUUUCAAACGACAAAUACAAAUUAUGGGAAUCAAUGGUAUGUCUGUAGCUAUAGCUAUUUUAAUGAUAGCAAAAAUGUUGUAUCAAAUAGAAUAUAUUGAUCACAGAAAAUGGGAUGUUAAUUGUACAAGUGAGAUUCCGGAUUCAAAUAAUAAUCAUACAGUUAAUCAUACCAAGACAUUUAACAUAGCCGAGUGGAUUGGAAUGGAUAAAGCUAAACCAGGAAUGUUGCCAGAUUUAUUAAAAGGUUACAUUGGUAUUGUUACUGUUACUACAAUACGAGCCAUUAUCACAGUAAGACAGUGUUUCUAUCGUUAUAGCAAAGGAGAAUCGAUGGAAACCCCUCAAAUUAUGUUUCCAAAAAUAAAAAGAGCAGAUGCCGAUAAAGGAAUAGCUGAAUGUCUUAAAUUUUUCCUCAACUAUGGAUUCUAUAAAUUUGGUUUAGAAUUCUGUUUGAUUGGUAUAGUAGCUCUUAUUGGCACUCGAUUAGACUUUUACUCUGUUAUAUAUGGAGUUUGGUUGCUUGUUUUAUUUGCCCAAACUCGUCGUACAGCAGCUAAAAUCUGGCCGUUCUUCAGAGUUUUUGCUAUCGUAAUGCUUAUAGUGCAAUAUGCCUGUGUAGUUGCUCCACCAACGUGGCUCUGUAUUAAAUAUCCAUGGUCUGCUAACAUUAAUCUCCAUGAAUGGAUGUAUUUCCCUGAUCCUGAGUAUCCGCCAGAUCCAACAAAACUUGUGUGUGAUUUUUUCCUACUUUAUAUGAUCAUUAGACAGAGCAUAGUGUUUAAUAUUGAAGCUCAAAGUGAAGCUACAAAUACAGAAUUUGUCGCAGGACAUAAUUAUUCUGUUUAUAAAGACAUGGAUAAACCGAACUUCAUCAAUCCUGUUAAAGACUAUGUUUCUCAUAUUCAUUGCUGGUUGGACGUCGUUAAAAGAGGAUCAAUGAUGAGCUGUAUGUGGAUUACAUUGUCCAUGAUGUUUUUAGCUGGAACCAAUCGAACAAAUUUGUUCUCUCUGGGUUAUCUUAUUGGAUCUUUCAUUUUCCUCUGGCAAGGAAGUGAUUUUUAUCUUAGACCUGUAAGAGUUAUACUCAGAUGGUGGAAUUAUUUAAUUGGUUAUAAUGUAUCAGUUAUUUUUUGUAAAACUAUACUACAAGGACUCGGUUGUGUUUACAUUGAAGAAUUAGAAGCAAAAGCUUGUUGGUUAAUUCAGUUAUUAGGUGUUGCUUGUUUGAAGAAAGUCGAUAAUUCGAUACUAAAUUACGGGCCAAAUCAUUGUGAAGUAUCAAGAGAAGAUAUUGGAAUGGUUUGGGAUGGCAUAUGUUUUGCUUUUCUUAUCAUUCAAAAAAGAUUAUUCAAAAGUUAUUACUUUUUCCAUAUUGUUGAUGAAACAAAAGCCAUGAGUAUUUUGGCUUCUCGAGGUGCUGAACUCUUGGAAGAUCUUCAUAGAAAUAGAAUAGAAUUUCAAGAGAAUUUGGAUCGAGCUGUACUUCAAAAGAUUAAACUCAAAAUGGAUAAAAUUAAAGCAGAUCAACUUAGGAUUCAUGGUCCAAGCUACACGGAGCCUUCAAGUCAUAAAGUUGAUUCAAUCUAUCCAAGAGAUCGGCCAUUGUACAGACAACGUGUGCCAAAGACGAAUAGAGAGGCUGUGAGGUCAGGAGAUUAUUAUAUGUUUGACGAUUUUGAUGAUGAUGAUGACGAUGUGACUGAUCUUAUUCCUGAUUCUGAAAUGGAGAUUGAUGAAGACGAACAACGUCGUAAACAACGACUUGCAGGUCGUAGAAUGACUAUAUCAGAACUGAUGUCCACGCUGUUUAAGACAGACAUAGAGAUUGCAACACACGUUGCCAUGUAUGGAGGAACAGCCAAGGAUGCACUUCGAUUGAGACGUCAAAGUGUGCCACUAUCCCGCAAGAAAUCUUCCAUGUCUUAUUUGAGUGCCCAAUCGGAUACUGAAACUGCCGCGGUGACCGAAGGUCCUAGUAAAAAGGCUUCCAUUCGAGAUGAAGAUCGAGGAUCUACACUGGGAGGAAAGGAUGAUGAAUCUAGAAGAACUUCAAAACCAUUUGAUUCUCAAGAUGAUUUUGACUAUGACUCGUCAUCUACACCUGAAGACAACAAAGAGCAAAUGAAAACAAGAAUUUCCAUCCUCACUUAUUUUAAAUUUUUUAUUGAACUUAUCAAUAGUUUUAUGAUUUCUGCUACAAAAUAUUUAAAUAAAUUUUCUAGAGAUUAUAGAUAUAUUCGCAGAGUUUUAGCUAAAGAAAAAACUAAUUUAAAAGCAAAAUCAGAUUUUCGCAUGGGUGUAAGACUUGGAAUCAAUCAAAUAUGGCAACCUAUACCAGUGCUAAAAGAAAGAUCAGAGACUGAGGAAAGUUCCGGUGAAACAUCAAAGAGUAGAGGAGAAUUGAGACGAGAAAAAUCAGAGAGUCAAAGCUCAAUGCUGACAAGAACACAAGUAACACCAAUGACUGGAGAAGAAGAACCAGAGUUGUCAGAAGUAGAUCAACCUGUCAUUAUCCAACUUCUUGCAUCAAUCUGGUUUGGAAUUCUUGCUCAUUCAACAUUUGUAUGUUACUUCAUGAUCUUCUUACAUCAAAUUAAAAAUGCAUCAGUUCUUUCUACACCUCUACCUUUAAUGGUAUUCUUCUGGGGAUCAUUAACUAUUCCAAGGCCUUCAAAAACAUUUUGGGUGACAAUAAUUGCUUAUACAGAAGCUAUUGUCAUCAUAAAGUGUAUGUUUCAACUGGAAUUAAUACAGUGGAGUCAACAUUUACCAUAUAAUAAGCCUAUGGAGACUCCAAGAAUUAUAGGAGUUGAAAAGAAGAAUGAUUAUGCUCUCUGGGAUUUACUAUUACUUCUUAUGGUAUUCUUCCAUAGAUUUAUGUUGAAAUCAUUAGGUCAAUGGACUACUCCAUAUGCUACGAGGAAAAUAAUUCCAUCUCAAAUGACAGUUGGUACUUUAAAAUCUUCUCCAACUAAUAGUAGAAACAAAACUCAGCUUCAAUGGGAAAAUGAAGAUCAUAAACAACCUCCAAAAUCUCAACAAACAACUUCAAGAGAUCCAGGAGUAGGAACCUCCACCGAUGAAGUAGAUUUAAAUAAUCAACAUCAAAUUGAAAGCGACGAAGGAAGACUUGUUGAAAUAAGAAAUGAAGAAACUUAUGUAUGUGACACUGAAUUUUCUACAGCAGUCAAGAUGACUGUCAAAAAGUAUUGUGAACCGGGAAAAAUUUUCUUUGACAAUAUUCUAAGUCCUGAUGGCAAAGAAAAAACUAAUGUUUAUGCUUAUAUGUUUCUUUGUGACUUUUUCAACUUUUUGUUAAUUAUCUUUGGAUUCUCAUAUUUUGGAACUCAGCAAGGAGAUGGAGGAGUUAAAGCAUACUUUGAAGAAAAUCGUGUACCAAUGCCAUUCCUUUCAAUGAUGUUAUUACAAUUUGCUCUGAUCGUUACGGAUCGAGCUCUGUAUCUCCGAAAGUCAAUUUUCGGUAAAUUAAUUUUUCAUUAUGUUUUGGUAUUUGGAAUUCAUAUUUGGAUGUUUUUUGUUUUACCCGGAGUUACUGGUAGACAAUUCAGUAAUAAUUUACCUCCUCAAAUAUGGUACAUCGUGAAAUGUUUCUAUUUAUUACUCUCAGCUUAUCAAUUACGACUUGGAUAUCCGACAAGAAUUCUUGGUAAUUUCCUUUGCAAAAAUUACAGCAUCAUCAAUUACUGUCUUUUCAAAGUAUUUAUGCUGGUUCCAUUCUUAUUUGAGUUGAGAGCAGUAAUGGAUUGGAUCUGGACUGACACAUCAAUGACAGUGAUGGAUUGGUUUAAAAUGGAAGAUAUUUUUGCAAGUAUUUAUCAAAUAAAAUGUAUGAGAGGAUUAGAAUCAGAUUUUCCACAACCAAGAGGAGUGAAAAAGGCCCAAAUGAGUAAAUAUAUGGUAGGAGGUGGUGCUCUUUUCGUCAUAAUUGGUGUAAUUUGGUUUCCUCUGCUUCUUUUUGCACUUGGUGGCACUGUUGGAAUGGCCAAUAUUCCUUCAGAAGUGUCUCUCAGUAUCAGAGUUGGAUCUCAUGAACCAAUUUACAUUACUUCUGCUCAAGAUUCAUCGAUUCUCCAAUAUAACAAUGAAGAAUUCCAUACUUUACGUAGUAUUUAUUCAUCAGAUCGAGCUGCUUCCACAUUUCUUGAAAAUUAUGAUCCUUUAGACGUUGCGGUAGUGAAGUUAAGUAAAUCUUCACAAAGGUUUUGGGGAAUAACUCCUCUAGAAAAGAAAAAAUUACAGCAAGAGUUAUUAAAUAAUCAAACUAGUAUUGGAGUAAGGGUGGAAUGGAAAAUAAGUAGGAGAACUGACGCUAAAGACUUCUCUGGAGUUUCUCCUACUAUCAGAGAUAUCCAAAUAUUGCCGUUUAUAAAUGGAGAAUUUAAUCCAGUGAGAACGAAUUUAUCCGAAUUGCUGAGUUCUGAUUCUACCAAUUCAACUAACACUUUUAUAGCUCUAGACAAUGUUUUUCCCAAGUUUCUUAAGGUUACUAGUAAGAGUACGGCAGUUGUUAAACAACUAAUGCGAUCAUCAAUUCAUACUGAAAGUUAUCCUCUUAUUGGUACUGACAAUGGACAAGACCCUGAUUAUUUGUAUCGGAAUGUCACACUUCAAUUAGCUUCAGAUACUGGUCAACAGUGGUGGAUGGUUAGUGAACGUUGUGAUGAUCCAAUUUACAACGAACUUCUCAAUCAAGUUCCUAUGAAUAAUUGCAGUCAAAUUGUUAUGUUUUUAUUUAAUGAUAAAGUUUUUCCAGAGAGUUUAAGUUUUCUUAGUGGUUUUGGUAUUCUUGGAUUAUAUACUACUGGAGUUAUUCUCGUAAGCCAAAUAAUUAGAAGACUGGUGAGCGAUAUGGCUUCUAAAAUUAUGUUUGAUGAUAUGCCUUACGUCGACAGAAUUUUGCGAUUAUGUUUAGAUAUUUAUCUAGUGCGUGAAAGUAAUGAAUUGUCGCUUGAGGAAGAUCUAUUUGCGAAACUAAUAUUCCUUUAUCGGUCACCAGAGACGUUAAUUAGGUGGACGAGACCACCGGAACCGAAUGAUGAAGAGGAUGAUGGUGGAAAUGAUGAUAAUCUCGAUGAUGUUGAUAAUAAUUAUGGAGGUAAUGUUAGGGUUGGUGGUAAUGAUGAUGAUGAUCAUGAUAGUGAAGAUGAUGAUGAUGAUGAUAAUGAUGAUAAUGAUGAUGUAAGAGUUGAAAACGAAGAAAGGAAAAAAGAUAAAUAAAUAUAUUUUUUAGUGUUUUUAAUUUAGAAAAAAUAAGGCAGCUGGUUGAAGUUUAUAAAACCUACAGUUUUGAAUCAAGUUAUUUUCUAGUCAACCAGAUUUCAGUUAAGUAUGUCCGAUAAUUGAUGAAUUUAAUAUUUACAAAAAAUAGUAUUUACAAAAACUAUUUACUAAUCAUGACAAUGACAAUUCAAAUAUCCCAAAAAUGAUCAAUUUACUAAUUGAUGAUUCAAAAGGAAAAUAUUUGAAUGCUGCCAAAAAUAAUGAAUUUAAAAGAGCUUGAUGUUUCAUAGAUUUUUAUGAAAAAUUCUCGAAGAAUUAUUCUACAAAAACAAUUUAUUUCAGCUCUAUAAUAAUGAAAAAGUGUGCUACAAUUGAUUAUGUUUGAUUUGUAAUUAUAAUGUUAAUCUGAAAAAAUAUAAAGUUUUAGCUUUAGUCAGCUAAACAUAAAAACGUGUGAGUUAAAAUAUUAAUCAUCGUUGUAUCUAUGGUUUUAAUGCUUUCCGAAGACAUUAACUUGUUAAUUUAUUUACAAUUAUUGAAAUGAUAUCAGUGGUUUUUAAUUAUCGUAAAGUAAUAAAUGAAAAAUGAUAUAUUUAUAUGCCAAGUGAUAUGACGUACAAAUACUGCCGAAUAACUUUGUUUUUACAUGUUUAUAUGAAUGCAGUAUGAAUGAGAAGCUUCAUGGAAAUUUUAUAAUCAUUACUUUUCAAUUUUAAGAUUCCGUUUGAUGAACAAUUGUAUAUAAAGCAUUUAUGUAAACUGCAUUUCUAUAUUUACAAGUUUACAUUUAAAAAAUCUUCUCAGGUGAAAUAAAA